GAUGAGUAUACACAGAAAAUCAUUUAUCAUGUCACACGUGUCCAAUGGAGACUCAGGAAAGUCAGUGUAGAUAUAACUGGUUAUUAAACUCAGGGAGUCAUUUAGAGUCGAACUGAUGAUUCGAGUUUGAAUCCUUUCAAACGAUUCAGAACGAGUUCAAAACCAACUGUCAGAAACCGUUAAACACGAAAGUGGCGGCAGAACUGAGUCACGUGGAUAGGAGUGGACAAUAUUUCUCUAAAGGUACUGCUGGGAAGCGAGUAUGGGCAAUCGAGAACUCAAGAAUUGUUAUUUAAAUAUCUAAAAGAUUCAGGAACGGUAGAUAGAAUUUAGGUUUAAUUUUUUUCCCCUCUCUUCUUUCCUAUCUGUGUUCGCUCCACACUCCAGAUUAGUACGUGGCGGUAAUGCACCUUUUCGUUGUUCUGCCAAACCGCCAUAAAACACCACAAGAAGAAGAACUGAGUCACGUGUUCCGUAGCGCGGGAAACACGAACUACUGAAGACGACGCUGUUUUUUGUGUUUAUUUUUUUGAGACUGCGGAGAAAAGGCGUAACAAUAUGAGGUCCGUUAAAAGGUUGGUGGGUUACAUUUUACCACCAAAGUCAGAAAACGUGGAUGAAGAGUCGGAUAAAGACGACGACGAAGAAGAAGAGACAGUGCCAGAGUUUCUGGACAUGAAUGAAAUGGAUGCUGUCUCUUCUGGGGCGUUUAAUUUUCAGCAGUCAGUACCCGCGUCGGAUGAAGUGGAUUUCAUGUUUGAUGGGAAGAAAGAACGUGUUAAGGGUCGAUUUCCUCUCAGGAACCCGUGGUGGAAGAUCUCCUGCAACGCCCAGAGUUACACCCGUAAACUGGUGGUCAAUGGCUACCCUGCCUACGAACUCCGGACAGACCUGAAAAAUGACUGGAGGGCUAUCAUAUCUCUGUUCCUGAAGGAGUGUAUGGUGAAUGAUACUUUUGUUGUUCCGUUCAUGGAGUGGCUGCCAAAGGACAGAUAUAUGGACCUCAGAAACCUAGAAGAAGCUGUGUAUGAAUUUGGAGAGAGCAGCCAUGAAGCAAAACAAGUUUCUAAUUAUGUCAUCACUCAGAUAUCUAAAUCAGAUGCUGCUUUUAAUGUAAGGGUCUCCACCACCUAUCCUUACAUCAUGAAAUACCUGCCAACAUUGCUGCCAGGGCAGUUUUUAAAUCUGCUACAAAAGGGGCGAGAGGAGGAGGAGAAACAGCAGGCUGAAAAUGACAAAGAAAACAACAUGGAUGCUUCUCCACACAAACAUAAUAAGGUUCCCUUGUUAGCUAGACUGGAGGAACUCAUCAAGACUGAAGUAUGGAAAUUUGGGUUUGGCUACAUCAUGUAUAAAGAGUUCCGCUUAGUCCGAUGUGAGACUACACUGAAGAACUUUAUGUCCUGUGAGUUAUUCACGAAAAUGUCUACUGUGCAGCAAAAUGCCCUGAAGGUGUACAACGAGCUUAAAAACUACUGUAGUCGGUUUGGCCACACCUACAUCGAACGGAAGUUUCUGGAUGAGCGGAUGAAGAUGCCAGAAGUGAGAGUUUGGGAUGCUGUGGCCUUCCUCCGCCAGCAUAAAGUGCUGAAUGUAGAAAAAGGCAAGAUUGCUCUGAAGAAUCUCUACAACUAUGAGAAGGAAAUUGCUGAAUGUCUCCAAAAGUUAAUAGAGAGGGAACCCUGGAAGAUCGAUCUGGACGUGAGGGAGGUUCUGCUCUCUGCAGCGCGUGAGAGAAUGAGAGACCCGCUUACAACCACUUCGUGUUCUACUGCUUCAGAAGUGAAUAGAGAAGAUAAGUCUGGUCUGAGCGGAGAGUCAGCCUCAGAUGUGCAUGAACACAUGGAUGAAAUACCUGAGUCCACCUUGAAUGCUGAUAUAGCACUUGACCCAGACCAGGUCAGAGCAGCAGAGAUGAUGUGUGCUAAUGCUGUGACCGUGAUCAGUGGAAAAGGGGGUUGUGGCAAAACCUACGUGGUCAGUACGAUCUUUAAAGCUGCCAUGGAGCAACAGGAGGACAGAAAGAAUAAUGACCGCAUGCUGGAGGAAGGUGAGCGGAAAGAGAAUGACACAAAGCCAGUGGAGGUUCUUCUUACUGCCCCCACAGGUAGAGCUGCAUCACUACUGAGCAAGAAAACCUGUUUUACAGCUUACACCAUGCAUCAGGUCUUGUGGAAUUAUAAGUUAACAAAAAAAGACGAAAAUGGGAAUCCACUGAAGUGGAAGUUUGGCAAAGUCCGAGUGCUGGUGGUGGAUGAGGGCAGUCUUGUGUGUGUACAGUUGCUUUCCUCCAUCCUGUUAAUGCUCACCAAACAUGCUCAGCUACAAAAGUUCAUCAUUCUGGGUGAUAUAAGGCAGCUGCCCAGCAUUAAACCAGGAAAUGUCCUCAAUGAUCUCUUUACCAGUCUAAAGAAGAUGAACUGGGCCAUUGAAAUGUGCACCAACCACCGAGCUGAAUCAAAACUCAUUGUCGAAAACGCUGGAUUAAUAGCAGAUAUGGGUGUCAGUAAAAAGUUUCAUCAUCUGAAUUAUGACGCCACUGUGGAACUGCGUAAAGCGUUCGCACUGCCAUCACCUGAAAAGAGAUUCAUCGAGAUCCUUCUUCCAGCAAAUGAAAUUGACGAUGAUCUACAGAAUUCUAUAAAGAGUUUGCUGAAUGGCCCAGCAUCUGGGUUAAAGGAUGAUACAAAUUCCCAAUUUAUUGCUUUCACAAGGAAGCAAUGUGCUUUGAUUAAUGAGCUUUGCUGCAAGCAUUACUCUAAUCACACCACCAAGACUUGUGAUAAGAAAAUGAACUUUCAGAUUGGCGAUAAGGUAUGUUGCACAAGGAACGGCUAUGUGACUGAUAAAGACAAAGAAGAUGAAGCCAAAUGCAAAAAUGACGAUAUGUAUGAAAGCAAAGUUAAAAAAGAACGAUUGUGCAAUGGAGAAAUUUUCUUUAUCACACAGGAUGUGACUAUAGAAGAAGCUGGACAGAAGCGCAGUAAACGGAGGUACCUGACACUAGAUAACAGGCAGGACAGAAAGCUGACUGUUAACUACAGGGAGCUAAUGAGAGAGUGUAAACUGCAGCAUGCCUGGGCUCGAACCAUUCACACCUUUCAGGGCUCAGAGGAAAAGACUAUCGUGUAUGUUCUUGACAGUGGCAAAGGUCAAACUUGGAAACACGUUUAUACUGCAGUCACACGGGGUCAGAACCGUGUGUAUGUCAUAGUAAAACAGGGCGGGCUUGAGAACGCCAUCCGAGGACACGUCAUCAGACGCAAUACACGACUGGACGGCCUUGUUGCUGAAAUGCUCAAUGACUUCGGAGGAGCGAAGAAAUAUUUUCUCAGUCAGCCAAGUCAGAGUCAGUUCAACACGCCAAAGCGAGGUUCUUUUCAAUCGGCACAUGAGUCUUCCUCAAGCCCUGGUCCAUCCCAAGCUUGCUGCUUCAGUUCCCCCAAGUUAGCGAGUCCAAGUCCGAGUAAGCGAGAGAGUGUCACAGACAACAGCACAACACCAUCCAAAAAAUUGAAGGUGGACACACCACUGGGCAGCUCUCAGCUGAUGCGCCUUUCUCUUAACACUACUCCGAGACAGCUGUUCCCCGAAGCUCCUCAGUCUCACCAGGACCAGUGAUUUCCAAGAGCAGGAAGAGCCUGUCAAUUUGUUUUGACAUGCAGAAGCUCAGAGAGGAUCUGUAUUUUUCAGUAUUCAAAUUCGAUUUCAGUCUAGAGAUUUCACGAUAAGUUUUAAUGUUUAAGGUGUGUUUUGUUUUAGUUUUCAUAUCAUGCGUGAUAUUGUGCUUAAAGUAUUUCAUUUUGUUUAUUUCUGCUGCAUUACAAUCUAAAUUGAACAAAUGAUGGAAGAAGCAGGCACAUAUGCAUUUUUAACUUUUAAUAGUGAAUCAUUUAUUUGAUAUUUCAAUUUGGGAAUCAUAAGAAUUUGGUUCUAAAUUUGAAAUGCAACUUCCUAUCCUUUAAGAAUUUAUAAUUAUUUUUACUAUUUUAUUAAUUGAAGGCACUUUUGUCUUCCUAAAUUGACCCAUGAGAAUCGCACCUUUGACAAUUCUGAUGCUCCGUAAUUUGUAUGUUGCUUCUUGUCUCAGUUUCCGUUGAUAAACAGAAAACAGAUUUAAUGUAUGAUGAUAAUGUAUGAAGAUUGACUAUUCUCUGAAUAUCUAUAGUUUUUGCUUCUAAAUAUUAGUAUAUGUGAGGUAAUGUUUUUACAUUUUACCAAACAACUGAAAUGUUUCUAUUUUAAAAAACAACAAAAAAAACUCCACAAAAUCAAAAUUCAAAUUAAGUCAAUUACAAAAACAACCAUCCUGUACUGUAAGUUUUGUGUGUAAUGUUUUUAUAUAAUCAUUUCUUCAUCAGGCUGUCGAAUUCAUUAACAUUUGGUUUGCAAUAAUAAAAAAAGGUGUAUUCUGAA